AUGUCGUCGUCGGUCAAGAGGGCCUGCGACGCCUGCCACCGUCGAAAGGUCAAAUGCGACGGCGUGAAUCCGUGUCGCAAUUGCUCCUCCGCCCAACUCGCCUGUACUUACCAUGCCAUUCCCCAGAAGAAGGGCCCCAAGGGCUCGAGAGCCAAGGUCAUCAGCGAGCUGCGAGAAACACAACGCCAAACCACCCUCUCCUCCAAAGUCGCGAACCGUCUGAACGGCAUCAACAGUCCCCCAUGCAGCCCAAACCUCGCGCCCACGCCCGGCCUCCUCACCAACGAGAUGGUCAAGGAAUGUAUCGAGUUCUUCUUCGCGAACAUGUACCCGACGAUGCCCAUCCUACACCGCGGACGCUUGGAGCAGCAGGCGUUGUACGCCGACCAGAAUGUCGACACCUACUGCCUCCUCACGUCGCUCUGCGCCUUCAUGAUGAUCCAACCGGGCAUGGGCAUCCCGGGUGACCCUCUUGGCCUCGACAGUCUGCCGGGAGCAAACCUCGUGUCAGGAAACCUGUUGAUGGAGGAGACGUUGCGCGUGCGGAAGAGCUAUGAUCACCUCGAGUCGCCGACCCUGAAUAGCCUCGUCACGAGCUACUUCUUGUUUGGAUGCUACUUUGGACUCGAUCUGCACAACAAGGCCUGGUUCCAUCUCCGAGAAGCCACCACACUCGCCCACAUCCUGGGCAUGCAGAAGGAGGAGACAUAUCUACAGUACGACGCGAUUGAGUCGUCGCGGAGGCGAAGGCUCUUCUGGUUGCUCUUCGUCACCGAGAGAUCAUAUGCCCUUCAACGGCAUCGCCCUCUGUCCCUGCAAGCCACCAUCUCUCUACCCACCGAGCACGACGAUCCAUCCGACACCCAAGCCCACCAUCUCCACGGCUUCUUGCACCUGGUCAACCUCUUCCGACCAUUCGACGAAGCCUUUGUUGCCAUCUGGAACAAGACCCGAUCAGAUUGUUCCCCGUCAUACCUGGCGGCUCUACAAAAGCAACUCACCGAUGCCCUCCCGACAUAUCUCAAUUCCACAGAGAAUCAAACGGCAGACCUGAGAACGAGCCAGCAGUGGCUCCGCACGAUGGUCUGGCAAUUGAGUAUGCAGAAUGGCUACCUGAGUUCGACAUGCGAGGAUCCGAGCAUGACAUUCCAAUACCCGGUCGAUAUCUCGAGAGAUCUCCUGUCCAUGACCUCCCAAUUCUCACAGCAGAGUAUGGAGGUGCAUGGCAUUGGUCUCAUUGAGAAACUAUUCGACGUGGCCUGCUCGCUCACCGACGUCCUGUCACUCCUCCCAGCCAGCCCUCAACCCUUCACUCUCGGACCCCGUGACUACCUACACCAAUUCAUGACCCUCCUGUCCGUCCUACGAAAUGGUGAUAACCGUUUCCUCCCUCUCCUCCUCUCCAAGGUCCAUGAUGUGCUCCCCACGCUCGCGAAUCCGAUGCUUCAGACCGUCCCCGACAGCCCGGCCACCAUGUGCGCCGAGGUAGAUAUCUUCGAUGGUUUUGGACCCAUCAACAUGGGGGUCGCCUCUAACUACAUACCCAACAGCUCGCCGUCUGACUACAAGAUGUCUCAACCUGAGUUCAAGAUCGAGAAUCCGGUGAUUCCGCCUUACGAUAAGAGGAUCGAGGAGAUCAGCUCUCCGACCCAUGGGCCAGAGAAUGGGGAGGCCCCCUUUACCAGUCCCCCGAUCAUAUCCCCGGGCAUGGAAUUCCCGGGCAUAAGCGAGUAUAAUCCGUUCCCGGACCUGAAUAAUCAAGGCAUGGGGAAUGGCUUCGAUGGGGUUGGGGGUCGGCAGGUUGAAUUCAAAAGGGAGUUUGAUGGGGCGAUGAGGUCUCCGUUACGACAGGAUAGCGUUGGCUCGUAUGGCCUGUCGAGUCCUGGAGGGAUUCAGAUACCGAGAAGCGUGCCGGAACAGUUCCACCAUGCGCAGCUGCAGAGGACGAAUAGUGGGGGUCAGGACAGGGGUAUGAAUGGGGUGGUGAAUGAAGCAACGUUCCGGUGA